GACAAUCUGUGCACUCCACACCGCCGCUCCCCCAGCCGCCACCGACAGCCGAGGCCCCGCGCCUGCGCCCCGGACGGGCCCGCUCGCUGCAGGGGCGGGGCGAGUCUCGCUCGAUGACUCGAGGUGCAGGAAGCGCUGCCUGCUCGGUGCCAGCCCAGAGCGAUCGCUGCCGGAGUCGUUCCCCCCUCGCCGCUCCGGAGCCCGCAUCGCUGUCGGGGGAAAGAGAAUGUUCCGCAACCAGUAUGACAAUGAUGUCACAGUUUGGAGCCCACAGGGCCGAAUUCAUCAAAUAGAGUAUGCCAUGGAAGCUGUAAAACAAGGCUCAGCUACUGUGGGGCUGAAGUCAAAAACACAUGCUGUGCUGGUUGCUCUCAAGAGAGCACAGUCUGAGCUGGCAGCUCAUCAGAAAAAAAUCCUGUACGUUGACAACCAUAUUGGUAUCUCAAUUGCUGGACUUACUGCUGAUGCAAGACUCUUGUGCAAUUUCAUGCGUCAGGAGUGUCUGGAUUCUAGGUUUGUGUUUGAUAGACCUCUUCCAGUUUCUCGCCUAGUGUCACUAAUUGGAAGCAAAACCCAGAUACCAACGCAGCGUUAUGGCAGAAGACCAUAUGGGGUAGGACUGCUCAUCGCAGGUUAUGAUGAUAUGGGUCCUCACAUUUUCCAGACUUGCCCCUCUGCAAACUACUUUGACUGCAAAGCCAUGUCCAUUGGUGCUCGAUCACAGUCAGCACGAACUUACUUGGAGAGACACAUGACUGAAUUUGCUGAGUGUAAUCUUAAUGAGCUAGUUAAACAUGGACUACGUGCCCUGAGAGAGACUCUUCCUGCUGAACAGGAUCUCACCACCAAGAAUGUUUCCAUUGGAAUUGUUGGCAAAGACAUGGAGUUUACCAUAUAUGAUGAUGAUGAUGUAGCACCAUUCCUAGAAGGACUUGAGGAGAGACCACAAAGAAAGCCUGCUCCACCUGCUGAUGAACCUGCAGAAAAGGCAGAGGAGCCGAUGGAGCACUAGUUGGUGGAUGACUUCCUCUGUGUCAACGUAUAUCUAAUUAUACAGGAAGGAUUACCCAUUUGCUGGUAACUUUAUCCUCACCUAUAUGCAUUUUCUGCCAAUACUUUGAGGAUUACGCUUAAAAAGGAAACCAACCAACCCACCUAUCCUUAAAAGGUAGACAGAAGGUCAUAAUUGGGUGUAUUUUCUUUGACAAGAAAGGUGUAAUCAUUUUCUAAAUAGUACAUGAUACUGUUUUUUAAUGAAAAGCAUACUGUCUUUAACUUGUAAGGACAAGUGGAAAUAAAACACUUUCUUGGAA